CCACGCUCACCCGGCGGCGGGGAAGGAUAGGAGGCUCGGGGGCUUGGCUCUGGGCUCGGAAACAGCUCGGUUGCGGGGGCCUGGCCUGUUCCCGGCGCGGUGCCCGCCGGAGCUCAGUAGAACUGUCUAUAGAAACAUUGAAGACAAUGUCAAGAAAACUUACGAGUGAGGUUGUUUGGCCUGGAGGAGACUGAGGGGAACCUUAUUGCUUUCUACAACUACCUGACAGGAGGUUAUUGUGAGCAACAACCUUUUUUCUACUGAGAGCAGGACAUAAAUGCCACUGCAGACUGGUAGCAUCUCACCAGUGACAAUUAAGUGACCUAAACUGUUCAUUUCACAGGCUCUAAAAAAAUGGCAGAAAGCUGGUCUUUCUUGGAUACUUUUGAGUCAAACUUCAGGCCUCUGGUAGUGAUUGAACUUGCAAAAGGCACCAAAAAGGAAACCAUAGAAUGGUUCACCAAACGGGUUGUGGACAAAAAAGCAAAUGGAGGUGCACAACUGCUGGUUAAGCCAUUGGCUACAGAAAAUGGAGAUGAAAAUAUUUAUCUGGUUGGAGCUUCCCACUUGAGGCUGUUGCUGGGGGCUGAAACUGUGGGUUUGGUGAAGGAAUGUAGUGAUAACUCGAUGAGAGCUUUUACAUACAGCAGUAGAAAAACUUUCAAAGAUUUUGCAGAUGACAACCAAAAUUUCCUAACAAUGGCAGAAUGUCAGUAUAUCAUCAAACAUGAACUUGAAAACUUGAGAGCUAAGGAUGAAAAAAUGAUCCCUGGAUAUCCUCAGGCAAAGCUGUACCCAGGAAAAUCAAUUGUGAGAAGAUUAUUGACCAGUGGUGUUCUAGUUCAGAUCUUCCCACUGCAUGAUAGGGAAGAGUUGAAAAAGCUCCGUCACAGCUGGUAUGGCCGAGUGAAAGUUGGCUAUCAACCCUUAGAUGAGAUACGCUGCUACUUCGGCGAAACCAUUGCUCUCUACUUUGGCUUCUUGGAGUACUUCACCUUUGCUUUGAUUCCAAUGGCUGUGAUUGGGAUUCCUUAUUAUGUGUUUGCAUGGGAAGACUAUGACAAGUACGUGAUGUUUGCCACGUUCAAUCUGCUCUGGUCCACUGCAAUACUGGAAGUUUGGAAGCGGAUUUGUGCCAUCAUGACGUACCACUGGGGGACACUGUUGAUGAAACGACAGUUUGAAGAACCAAGGCCAGGUUUCCACGGUGUCCUGGGUGUCAAUCCUGUCACUGGGAGGGAGGAACCAGUGUACUCAAGUAUUAAGAGACAGCUACGAAUAUACCUGGUGUCCUUACCAUUUGUGUGCCUUUGCCUCUACUUCUCACUGUACGUGAUGAUGAUUUACUUCGAUUUGGAACAGUGGGCUAUGGAUUAUCACGAAGAGAAUGGGUCUACCUUCAGCAGCUUGAUGCUAUUUGUGCCCAGUAUCAUAUAUGCUGUAGUGAUUGAAAUUAUGAACCGUAUAUAUCGGUAUGCUGCUGAAUUCCUAACGUCAUGGGAAAACCACAGGCUGGAGUCUUCAUAUCAGAAUCAUUUAAUUCUGAAGGUUUUAGUGUUCAACUUCUUAAAUUGUUUUGCAUCUCUCUUCUACAUUGCCUUUGUGCUGUUUGAUAUGAAGCUUUUGAGGCAGAGCUUGGCUACUUUGCUGAUAACUUCGCAGAUCCUUAAUCAGUUUGCAGAAUCCUUACUUCCUUACUGGCUCCAAAAGAGACAGAAGAUGAGGAUGAAGAAACGUGUGCAUACUCUGAAAAAAGAUACGGACCUGUCACUAGCUGAACAAGUCAACUUGGAGAAGGAAAUGGGCACCUAUUUUGGUACUUUUGAUGAUUACCUGGAGUUGUUCUUACAGUUUGGCUAUGUGAGUCUUUUCUCAUGUGUUUAUCCACUGGCAGCUGUCUUUGCAGUGUUAAACAACAUCACAGAGAUAUAUUCUGAUGCUUUAAAGAUGUGUAGAGUUUACAAGCGUCCAUUUGCAGAACCUACAGCAAAUAUUGGUGUUUGGCAGUUGGCUUUUGAAACUAUGAGUGUAAUAUCAGUGGUUACCAACUGUAUACUGAUUGGAAUGUCUCCACAAGUGAAUGCCCUUUUUCCAGACUCAAAAAUGGACCUUAUUCUGACUGUGGCAUUGGUGGAGCACUUGCUACUAGCAAUAAAGUUUAUCAUGGCGUUUGUAAUUCCGGAUAAACCAAGAGAUAUCCAGAUAAAGCUAGCCAGAUUGGAAUUUGAAUCCCUAGAGGCUCUGAAACAACAGCAAAUGCAGCUCGCGGCUGAGUCACUGAAGGAGUAAACACGGAGGAAGGAAGGCAGGAGGAUGACUACAGCAGUCACGUGCCAACCCAGGUGCUUCUUCUGCACUUGUUUAUGAUGAUGUGUAGUGCUCGGAGUCUGCACCCCACCAUCUAUUCAGUAGGUGGCAUCUGCUUAUAUGAUAACUUGGUAAAUACUCUCUGCCUGAUGCUGCAAAAAAAAAAAAAAAGUUUUCUCUUCGUUUCUUACACACAAUCGAUGAAGUUCACGCCACAAAGAGCACUCCAGAUUAUGAGGGGUCUGGCUGAAAUCUGCCAGGCUCACCAUGCUUUAAGUGAUUGAAAGCAGAUUCUGUGAGUAAGCGUCCAGAAGCUAACGAGAGUUUUCAACUGUAACUUUGUAAAAUCCAGAAAAAAAAAAAGAAGGUAAACCAGAAUUUAAUUUAUUAUGUACUGCCCCUUCGGGGUUGUUGCUCCUCUCGUUCCUUUAUUACAAUAGCUAAUCAAUCCUAUAUUAUUUCAAUAUACAUAUAGCUUAUUAUCUACUGUUUGCACACAGCAAAUUAAUUUAAGUGUUUUAUAGAGUGCAUAAGCAAAUACAUGAUUGUUUUCUAUAUUAUCUGAGAAAUAUUUGAAUAUAAAUAUUAUAAAGUAUGUGUUAUAUACUCCUGUAUGCGAGUCAUCUAAAUAAGUGACAACUAAAAUCUUUUCAAAAGCCAAGCAAAAAGCAUUCAGUAGGAAACAGGCUGCUGAUCAGUAAUUUAUGAGCUAUAUUUAUUUUUUUAAUUUACAUUACAUUUUGGUAUCACUUCCCAGGCUCCUGAACUGCAUUAUUGUAUGAUGGGUCUCUUGAAUAAACGAACUGAUAGUAACAGAUCAAUUAAACUUGAUAAUAUACCA